ACUGAAACUCAGAAAUUUCCUUUUAUUGUUAUAGAAGGAUUGGAUGCGGCAGGAAAAUCCACUUUAACAGAAACUCUAGUGAAUAAAUUAGGAGCUGUUAAAUACUGUACACCACCACCAGUUAUUCAACAUUUACGUAAAUAUUUUGUCAGUUUACCAGAGAUACUGGCUAGAGCUUACUAUCAGCUUGGUAAUUAUAUAGUAGCACAAGAUAUUAUAGAAGAAUGCCAACAAAGACCAGUUAUAAUGGACAGAUAUUGGCAUAGUACAGCAGCAUAUGGUAUAGCUAAUGAAUCCAGUUUUGCAGAUUUACCAGAAAAAGGUCAUCCCAUUUACAACUGGCCAUCAACUUUACUCAAACCAUCAUUAGUAUUAUUUCUAUCAGUUACAGAAUCAACUAGACAGCAGCGUAUGACAGGUCGAGCUGGAGAGAUGACCUUUGAAGAGAGAGCUUUAGAUAAGGACUUAUUCUUCAGAAAACGGUUAGUAAAGAAUCCUAUGUAA